AUGGCAAUUGUGCUAGUUGCUGGCAUUCUUGGGGACCUCCUAUCUGCUUCACCCUUGGCACACUCCUCCUCAUCUCCUUUGGCCCGCUCGGCCAUUGUCGACCUCGGUUACUCCCGCUACCAAGGCAUUGCACUAAGCAAUGGCGUUGAUGAGUACCUGGGUAUGCGAUAUGCCAAACCUCCUCUGAACGAGCUGCGAUUCCGGGGACCUCAGGAUCCAGAGCAAACAGAUGGAGUUGUGGAUGCGACUGCGUUCGGACCCGUCUGUGUCGGCGUGGGUCAACGUACCAGUCAAUCCCUAGGAGAGGACUGCUUGUUCGUUAAUCUCUGGCGCCCGUCUAAUGCGACGACUGACUCCAAUCUUCCGGUGUGGUUGUUCAUCCAAGGAGGUGGGUACGCGGACAACGCGAACUUCAACUUCAACGGUAGUCAAGUCGUCAAGCAAUCAGGAUACGACAUUGUCUUUGUCAAUUUCAACUAUCGUGUCGGCGCCCUUGGGUUCCUGGCUAGUGGGGAUAUCCGCAAAGAUGGUGACCUCAAUGCCGGUCUGCUGGACCAGCGCAAGGUGCUCGCUUGGGUGCAGCAGCACAUUCGUCAAUUUGGCGGUGAUCCUAACCAUGUGGUGAUUCACGGUGAUUCGGCUGGAGCAGGCUCGGUCGCUCACCAUCUCACUGCAUACGACGGCCGCGACAUGAAUCUCUUUGUCGGCGCAGUGGCAGAAUCAACUUUCUGGCCUACCCAGCGUACGGUCGCGGAGACGGAGUUCCAGUACGAGCGGUUUGCGCAGGACGUGGGCUGCGGCGGAGUGGACAAUACUCUCGCCUGUCUGCGCUCGGUCGAUAUCAUGACUAUCAUGAAUUAUGAUAUUGAUAAGCCCUUCCCUGGUGGAAGUGACUCGCCGCCCCCAUUGUGGUACUUCUUGCCAGUGGUGGACGGGACCUUAAUCAAGGAUGGCCUGUAUAACUUGUUUUUACAAAACAAGUUCAUCCAUGUGCCUCUGAUAGUCACCGACGAUACCAACGAAGGCACUCCAUUCGGAUACAACGCAUCCAGUCCCGAAGAGGUUGCCCAGUUCAUGAAGAACAAUUACCCAAGACUUAGCGAUGAGGAGCUGAAUGGGAUCAACGAAGCCUAUCCCGUGACAGAUCCUCUCCCCAAGCACGCUCCAUACUUCCCAUCUGCGGCUCAGGCAUACGGCGAGUCGACCUUCACCUGUCCCGGGAACCACAUGGCAUCCAUGAUGGCCCGAUACUUCUCCUCCUAUAAAGUCUGGAACUAUCGGUUCAAUGUUCACGACCCGGCAGAGACUGCCAACGGCAUGGGGGUGCCUCAUGUGUUUGAGUUGCCAGCCAUCUUCGGGUUGGGAGACACCAAUCAAGCGUCCGAGUCCUUCGCCAAUGUCAACGCGAAGAUCGUGCCCAUCACGAUGAACUAUUAUCUCAGCUUUAUUAUGGCGCUCGACCCCAAUGUGUAUAAAUAUGAGGAGGCGCCCGUCUGGAAAACCUGGGGCAUUGGAUAUGGGCAACGACUGAAGAUUCAGACGGGGUUGACUGAGAUGGAACCAGUUCCUCAGGAUCAGUUGGAUCGAUGUACGAUGUGGAGAGGACUUUCCAAGUCCAUGGAGCACUGA